UCGUGUACGUAUAACCACAAAUUUUUAUGAGCGCACCCUGAAAUUUUCAGUGGAGUCGUAUAGACAUCAUAACUAAAAUUAAAACUACUACUACUAAUAAAACUAAUAGGAAAACUAAAAUUAAUAAUAAAACUAAUGAACCAAUAGUUAAAGUAACAAUAUGAUAGCUAUUGAUUUUAGUUUCCGAGAUUGGCAAUGGCAGUAUCAAAUAUCUACUACAUUUUUUAUAUGUGUAAUUGUUCCAACUGUAUAUUAUAUUCAUGCAAAAUAUAUUACAAAAUAUCCUAAUAAUUAUAAUAGACUUGAAGAACCAAUUAAAUUAGUUGUACCAAUUCCUCAAGAAGCUAAACCUCAUUGGAAGGGUAAAAGAUUACAUCCACCAAAUUUAAGUAUUCGAAUUCCUAAUGAACCAACAAAGAUUCAAAGUUAUUGUCCUGCUACUGGACAAUUAUUAGGAGUAUUUUCUGUAACUUCUAAAGAAGAAAUGAAUCAACAAAUAAUUAAUGGUAAAAGGGCACAAUUACAAUGGAAAAAUUCAUCAUUUAUAUUAAGAAGAAAAGUAUUAAAAACUUUAAGUAGAUAUAUUAUUGAAAAUCAAGAAGAUAUAGCUCGUAUAGCAUGUAGAGAUAGUGGUAAAACAAAAUUAGAUGCUCUGAUGGGAGAAAUUAUGGUAACACUUGAAAAACUUAAUUGGAUUAUAUCUCAUGGUGAAAGAUCUUUAAGACCAUCUCAACGUCCUGGUCCUUCAAAUUUAUUAAUUGGUUUAAUGAAAAAUGGUGAAGUAAGAUAUGAACCUUUAGGAGUUGUUGCAGCAUUAGUAUCUUGGAAUUAUCCAUUUCAUAAUUUAUUAGGUCCAAUAAUUGCUUCAAUUUUUACUGGUAAUGCAAUUAUUGUUAAAUGUUCAGAACAAGUUAUUUGGUCAUCUAAAUGGUUUGUUGAUUUAAUAAGAUUAGUAUUAAAAUCUUUAGAUAUUGAUGAAGAUUUAGUUCAAUUAUGUUGUUGUUUCCCAGAAGAUGCUGAUUAUUUUACUUCACAUCCUGGUCUUUCUCAUAUUACAUUUAUUGGAUCAAAACCUGUUGCUCAUAAAGUAGUUGAAAGUGCGGCUAAAGAAUUAACUCCAUGUGUUGUAGAAUUAGGUGGUAAAGAUUCAGUUAUUGUAUUAGAUGAUGUUAAAAAUUUUGAAGCAUUAUCAUCAGUUAUAUUAAGAGGAACAUUUCAAAGUGCUGGACAAAAUUGUAUAGGAAUUGAAAGAGUUAUAUGUUUACCAAAAGCAUAUGAAAAAUUAGUUGAUAUAUUUACUGAAAGACUUUCUGAUUUUAGAAUUGGAUCUGAUAUAGAUCAAUUAGAUGAAAUUGAUAUGGGAGCAAUGAUUUCUGAUAAUAGAUUUCAAAAUUUUGAAGAAUUAAUUGAAGAUGCAGUUCUGAAAGGAGCAAAAUUAAUUCAUGGAGGUAAACCUUAUCAACAUCCAAAUUAUCCUCAAGGACAUUAUUUUGAGCCAACAUUAUUAAUUAAUGUUGAACCUCAUAUGAGAAUUUUUCAAGAAGAAGUUUUUGGACCUAUUUUAACAAUGAUUAAAGCAACAGAUAUUGAAUCAGCAAUUAAUCUUUCAAAUUCUACUGAAUAUGGUUUAGGAAAUUCUGUAUUUGGAUCAAAUUUUACUCAAUUAAAUAAUAUUGCUAAUCAAUUAGAAAGUGGGAAUGUUGCAAUUAAUGAUUUUGCUACAUUUUAUGUUGCACAAUUACCAUUUGGUGGUAUUAAAAAAUCUGGUUAUGGUAAAUUUGGUGGUGAAGAAGGUCUUACAGGAUUAUGUGUUGCUAAAUCUAUUGUUAUGGAUAAACCAUUAUUAAGAUGGUUAGGUAUUGCAACUGCCAUACCUCCUGCUAUUGAUUAUCCAAUUAAAGAUGAUAAAAAGGCAUGGAGAUUUGUUAGAAGUUUAAAUAUAGCUGGCUAUGAUAAUAGAGUAUGGGAAAUUAUUAAAGCAUUUGAAAAAUUAGCUAAAUCUUAGUAUAAUUUAGAUUAAUAUUUUUA